AUCUAUGCGGACCCCGCCAAAAGGCUGGAGCUGUAUUUCCGCCCCAAGGACCCUUACUGCCAUCCCGUAUGUGCCAAUCGCUUCCCCACCUCCACCCUGCUGCUCAAGGUGAAGAGGAGGACCAAGAAGAAGCAGCAGUUGGAUACCAAAGAACAAAUCCAGCCUGAAGUCCAAUUUGAAAUGGAAAUUCUUGGAACUGUUGUGACUGUUUACAAAUUUCAAGGAAUGUCUGAUUUCCAGUACCUGGCAAUGCACUCUGGUCCUAACGGAAAACAAACUUCCAUGUACAACAAAGUCCUAAUGCUCAAACCAGAGAAGGAAGAAUUUUUCAAUAGAGAGUUACCACUGUACAUCCCACCACCAAUUUUCUCACGUCUGGACACUCCCGUUGACUAUUUU